GGCUCAGCAGGCAGCCAGGCAGGCGGGCAGGUAGUCAGGCAGCCAGGCAGGCGGCGGCCGCGCCGGGGCCGCCCCGCCGCCAGGUACGGCGCGCCGCGGAGCCGCCGCCCGCAGGCCCAGGAAGUGCCGUCACGGCUGUGCCGGCGGGGGAGGCUCCUGCGGGCCGGGCCGGGCUCGCGGCGCGGCGCGGCGCGGCGCGGGCAGAGCGAGCGAGCAGCCGCCGGACGGGCCGGGUGCCGCCGCCAUGAGCAAGAUUUCCAAGUUCUUCAAGGGGGGCGGCUCGGCCGCCCCCAGGAGCCGCGGCGGCCCCUCGCCGCAGGAGGCCUUGGCGCGGCUGCGGGAGACCGAGGAGAUGCUCAGCAAGAAGCAGGAGUACCUGGAGACCCGGAUCGCGCGGGAGCUGGCGGCCGCCCGGCAGCACGGCACCGCGAACCGCCGAGCUGCCUUACAAGCACUGAAGAGAAAAAAGAGGUAUGAGAAACAGCUGAGUCAGAUUGAUGGAACACUCUCAACCAUCGAGUUCCAGAGAGAAGCACUGGAAAAUUCCUAUACCAACACAGAAGUGCUCAAGAAUAUGGGCUAUGCUGCACAAGCUAUGAAAAAAGCACAUGAAAAUAUGGACUUAAACAAAAUUGAUGAUUUGAUGCAAGAUAUCAUUGAACAGCAAGAUGUUGCCCAGGAAAUUUCAGAUGCUAUCUCAAACCGAGCUGGGUUUGGUGAUGAGUUUGAUGAGGGUGAGUUGAUGGCAGAAUUAGAAGAACUGGAGCAAGAAGAAAUGAAUAAGACAAUGACAAAUGUCAGACUGCCAAGCGUUCCAUCCACAUCACUGCCUUCUCGCCCUGCAUCAACCAGGAAGAAAGCGGAAGAUGAAGAUGAAAUGAAGCGGCUAGCUGCCUGGGCUUCAUAAGAGUGUGGUUUUCUUAUAACAGUGAACAUUGCAGAUGUAAAGUGCUGUAAUACUAUUCUAUAGCAUUACCAAUUCAGUGUGGUUGCAUUUCAUACAGACUGGAUUUUCUUUUUCCUUUUUUUUUUUUUUUUUAAGACCAGUCUUGCUAAAAACAAUUGUGUGACUUCCAUAUUGCUGAAUUAGUUUAAAAACAAAAAGAAAAACUCAAUAGCUGCGAAAACUCCCCAGCCUUCCAAGCCCCAAACCUUCCAACCUUGGCCAGAGGUUUGUUUUAUUGUUAGAAUGAUGGAACUAUGAGGGUAUUUUUAUUAGUAUCAACUUUUCUUAGGUAAUGUCUUACUACCUGCUAUCUUGUGAGACCUGUAUAUCCCACUUACGCACAUACAGCUGGAUUUAUGAGUAUUCAGUUCCUGUUUCUAUUCGAUUCCUGAAUGGAAAUGAUAUUAGAGUGUUAUAUUUGAAAUGUCCUUUUAACUCUGAUUAAAAGCUGAGAGAAUAUUCUGAGUGCUUGUAAAGCUGAUGUACAUUAUAGCCCAGCUGACUACUUCUUGACUUAAGGAGUAAAUGCCACUCUGAGUGCUAAACUACUGCAUAUAUAGAGAAAUCACUCUUCAAAUGGAAAACAAAAAUUAGACAGACUACUUUGUACAAACAAAUUUUAUUAAAUAAGACUUAAGAUCUGUGCUGUUAGCUUGCUGUCAAUCACAAUGAAAUAGUAAAACACUGUGGACUUCCUGGGAAGUUGGAAAGUGGAGUCACAGGGGUCUUGGUUUCUUGUUUUCAAAUUAAUCUAAAUUCACUGGUGAUUGAACCACCUAGGAAAUAAUGGGAGACUUGGUGUCUGUAGAUCUGUAGAAGCAGAAGACUGAUCACUUCUUAUGGUGGACUUUAGCUUGUGAUUUGCUGGGUCUAGCAGAUGGCUUCAGCCAAGUGCCUAUUGUAUUUUAGGUUAAGCAAAAAUGUUAGUAUGUGUAAUUCUGGACACGGCAUGCUCAGAACCUUUCAAGUUGAGUUCUGUGGAUGAAGCCAAAAAUUUACAUUGUGGAAAUGACUUUCCCUUUUUCAGGACUCUUUCAUUCUCUGCAGUGGAAUUGCUUUUGGUUUGCAUCCAUAUGGAUGGAGAAUUGAGCCUUGCCAGUUUAUUUCAGAUGAAUUUCCUAUUGGAAAAGAUUGUGUGUAAUUCUGUCCUAAAGUUUGGAGGCACCAGGAAGAUUAUCCCUUUCUGUUGAGAGAAGAGAAAAAACUGGAACUAUUCCAUUUUUCUUUUAAAACAAAAAAUUUAAAAUGCUAUCUUAAAUUUAAAAAUGUAUUAUGAACUAUCUGUAGGAAACCAAAUGCUAACAAAAUGUCAUUUAGUUUUAGUGCUUGCAGAAAUUCAGGAAAAGAAGCCAGCCAAAAGCCUCCUUGACAGGCCUAAUUAGUAAAAUAGCAAAUAUUCUGAGUUAUUUAGAAUCCAUUUGCUAAGCCAUUUGGCUGGGAUCCCAUUUUCGAGGUUAAGGCAGUUUAUGGAAGUCUCUGAAUUAGGUACAGAAAGCAUUAGUGUACACCAAUUGCAUAACUGUGCAAGACUCACUGGCCAUGCACUUGUGGUCGCAUCUGUUAUUUGUAAAUGCGAGUGAGGUCAUGCCAACAUAGUCACAUGCUUAGCUUGGACAGGCUGGCUUCUAGUAUUUGUUCUUUGUCAGAUUAGUGUUUUUCCAAUACUUAACACAUGCCUAACACUUACCAUAUUUAAAAUGUUAUACAGAUUAACCAAAAUACAUAUCUCAGCUUCCAGUUUGAAAGUAAAAUGAAUUUUUAGUCUGCUUUGGAAAAUGUGGACCUGCAGCUUUUGUGCAAGCACCUUCCAUGUGAACACACCCCACAGGGAGGAAGAAAUCAUAGGGAAGGCUUCUCCUUUGCAAGCUAAUGUGUGACUGCCAACCUCCAUCAAUGGUUUGGCCAAAUGUUGAUCCUGGGAUGCUUCAGGUAUCUUCACUUGUAUUGAUUUCAGAGCAGGCACUUUAAAAACAAAACUUGUGAAGGAGGACGAAUAGUAACCAUGGUCAUUCAGCUGAGCUCCUCUAAAGGCUUGAGUACAGUGGCUGGUGUUUCAGGAGGGCAGAGUCAGAGGCUAGGACACACUUGGUUUGUGAGGCUAUAGUGAGAAGUACUAUAGUCAUGUAUACCAAUCAAAUACAUCAUGGACUCCCGUAACUGGAGUGCUUGUUGUCAUAUUUGUUUGUGAAAUGGUAGAUCGAUGUUUUUCCUUCAAAAGUAAUGGAGUUGUAGGGAUUUACUUCAGCUGAGGAAGUAGCUCUUUUCUAUGUAAAGUCAGAUGAAACUGUGACAACUGCCUCUUUCUUUUUUGAACAUGUCUCUUUUCUGUGCCAAGAUGCUAUUUGUUCAGCAUGUAAGCAGACGAGCUUGAAUAGUGUCAAUGUGUUAUUGUAAAUGUACUCUCUAUUAACUCAGACAUAUUUUACAAGAGGACUCUGGAAGCAGAUGGUUUACUAUAGCUGACUUCUUUUCCUGAUUCUUAUUUAUUUUGGGAAUCUUUUUUCUUCCCUUAAUGGGCUUGGACAUUUUAAUCUGGGUAUCAUCAAAAAGGGGAAAACAUCUUAAUAAAAAGUAAAAAAAAAUUAUAUAUAUAUAAUGUGCUGUAAAUAAAUAUUUUGGUGUCAUA